CACUGCGUUUCACUUCGAUUUGGGGACAGACAAGCGUCGGAAUAAUCCAGAUUCGCAAACUCGGGGGUUCUUAUCAAAAGUCGAUACCUACAAGCUAUACCCACUGAGGUGCGUGGCAGGUUACAUCUAUAGCAGUUAAAGCUUUCUCGAACAAAAUGGUCCUUCGCUGGGGAAUCUGUGGAGCAGGGUUCAUUUGUAGUGAUUUUGUGUCAGCAUUGUUAGCUCCUCCCAAUAAUGUUCAUGAGGUAGUUUGUGUUGGAGCAAGAGCAUUAGCUAGAGCCCAGGAAUUUGCUGACAGGUUUGGUAUCAAGAAAGCCUAUGGCUCAUAUGAAGAGGUUGCCAGUGAUGCAGAUGUUGAUGUUGUGUACAUUGGGGUGAUACACAUUCACCAUGUGAAGCUGUCCAAACAGAUCCUAAAAGCAGGGAAAAAUGUUCUGUGUGAGAAACCAGUAGCAGCUUGUCUGUCACAGUUUCUGGAGGUCCAGCAAGUGGCCAAAGACUGCAAACGCUUCUUCAUGGAGGCAAUUUGGAGCAGGUGCAAUCCAAUUUAUCGUAAAAUCAAGGAGGAGAUUCGUUCUGGAAACCUUGGGGAAAUCCUGCAUGUACAAUGCCAGUUUUUAGUUCCUAUUUGUAAUGUGGAUCGCAUUAAUAAGCCCGAGUUAGGGGGAGGAGGUUUGCAUGACGUAGCAAUUUACACAAUCCAGCUAGCUACAAUGGUAUUUAACAACGAAAAACCUGUGAAAAUCACAGCUGAUGCUUCAUUGUCUGAUCAAGGAGUUGAUCUGAAUGGCUGUAUCACCUUAACCUACAAGAAUGGCGGUAAAGCAGUGCUUGUCUACAGUACACUGUUUCAAGGAAAGAAUUCAGCAAUAAUAUAUGGUUCAAAGGGAAAAAUAGAGAUUGAUGAACCUUUUUGGGCCCCAGACUCAGCAAAUCUGCCGUCAGGUAAAAUAACCAAUGAAAUACCCUGUGGUCCAGUGCCAUACAACUUUACCAACAGUGGGGGUCUGCGGUAUGAGGCAGACUGUGUCAAGACAUGUCUUGAAGCAGGGAAUUUGGAGUGCAGUGAAGUGACCUUCGCUGACAGUCAGGCUGUUUACCACAUCAUUGAUGAAGUGGUGAGACAAACAGGAAUUAAUGUUCAGUGGUGAAUAGAAGCUUCUUGAUUGGGAAUGAUUUCUCCAUCUGUCUUUGUGGAGUUUUUGAAACCCAAUGAAGAGUGCAUCAUUAUGAACUGUAUGGCUGUAGUGCUAGAUAUAUAAACACCUGCAAAUAACACACAGAUGUAAUUUAUUGAUUAUUGAUGAAUAUU